AUGGCUGCCAACGCUUCGUCCUCCGCCUCCACGCUCACCGCCAGCACAGACCAGCUCUCCCUCAAGAACGUCCGCGCCGUGCUCUUUGACCAGUUCGGCACCUUGACGGAUUGGCAGGGGAGUAUCUCUCGACUGCUGGAGGAGGAGGCGCGAAAGACGGACCAGUCCAGCGGAGCGGGUUCGAAGGGCCUUCAGUCGAUCGACUGGCUUAGGUUCACCCAGGUCUGGCGGGACGGCUACAUGAGGCGGACGCGCGAGAUCGCUUCAGGCGGGACAGGUCCUGGCAACAUCGACGAGCUGCACCUCGAGAUUUUGAACGACUUGCUGGAGAAGCCGGAGUACGCCGUGGUGAAGGAGACAUGGAAUGCAGAGAAGCGGCGCGAGUUGUGCUGGCUUUGGCACAAGCUCGACGCUUGGCCUGACUCGAAGCCUGGUCUCGAAGCCUUGCGGAACCUGGACCCACCGGUCCUUCUCGCUACGCUCAGCAACGGCACCCUCAGGCUUCUCGUCGACGUGACCCGGCACAACUCCCUUCCUCUUGACGCCCACUUCUCCGGCGACCUCCUCUCCUCGUACAAACCCAACCCAAAGAUGUACUGCGGCGCCUCAAGCUUGCUCGGCUUCGACGAGGAUGCGAGAAAGAGGGGAGAGGUGGCCAUGUUUGCGAGCCAUAUCGACGACUUGAGGGCUGCCAGUCAACAUGGGCUCCGCACGAUUUACAUUCGUCGAGCAAGUGAAGACGUCGGCAUUCCUCACGGAGGUGCAGCAGUCAAACCCAAGAGUGAAGGCGGCGAGGUCGACCUAGUAGUUGACAACGUGGGCGAGCUCGUCAAGUAUCUGAGGUAG